ACCAGGCUAUUGUUAUACGUUGACUUAUAAGCGAAAUACGGUAUAUUAGCGACGCAUACAGGUCAUGACGAUCUGUUUUGUUUUUGAUUGUAACCACCAAGGGCUGAGGAAAACAUGUAAGAUGUUUCGCUUCCCAGCCAGCUCCGCAUUGGCGAAGAAAUGGGAAAUACUUUACAGACGUAAGGAUAGAAGCAUGAUCCCCCAGAAUGACAGAAUCUGCAGCUGUCACUUUGCAGAUGGCGAGAAGAGUAAUGGCCCCACCCUCUUCCCAUGGAGUAGUGGAAAAAUGUUCAACUUUCCAGAUCCGAGCAAAAUAAAGAGAACUGAAAAAAGAGAGAUCAAAGAAAAGGCAGUCUCUGAAGACCAGUGUGAAUCUACAGCAAUGUCAUGUCAACCAUCACAUGUUUCUCUAGACCACACCUAUCAGGCUUCAUAUCAUCAGUUAAAGGAAGAUAAUCAGAAUUUGCGGCGUGAAGUUGAAGAACUAAGAAUACAGGUCAGGAUGAUGUCAACAAAGCGUGCUUUCAGGAUUGGUGAUAUCUUAAGUGAUGAGAGAAAGAUGCUAAUGUACACAAGUCUACGUCCUGGCAUGUUUCUUGCCAUUGAUGAAAUGAUGCAGAGGUUACAGAUAAAGUAUAUUGAUGGAUGGGCACCAUCUUUCAUUUCAUUGACUGACCAAUUGUUGAUGACUUUUAUGAAACUGACAAUGAACACCCCAUUUUUAGACCUUGCUGAGAGGUUUAACACGAGUCCGUCAUCUGUCAAUAACAUUGUAACAGCACAUCUGAUGUGGCAAUUGUAG